UAAUUAGGUAUUGGUAAAAAAUUAAUCGAUAACAUUUAUAUAAAUUUGUUGGUUGAAAUUUCAAGUUGGUGUAUAUGUAUAUACACGACAGUUCGUACAAAUCGAUAAACGAUGAUUUGGCAACCGUUAGAACAAUUUGUCUUACUAAUAUCGCUUGAAUCGAUGCGUCAGACAUUCCCACUUCUCUAUGAAUCGAUUGCACUCCGCGAUGUUAAUUUCACCUGGCCUGAUACAUUUACACAAGUCCGCCUUGAUACGAAUCAUCCGGCCAAUUUAUAUCAACCUCUUGUAGAGCAAUACUGGGACAUCUGGUUGGUUGCCUAUCUCCAAGCUAUACUUCAUAUAAACGGCAGCUGGCCCUCACCACCACUAUCACCAUCACCGGCACCAUCAUCACCGCCGUCAGGCAGAGGGUACAUCUUGCACCCUUCUUCAUUAAAUAGCUAAGGUAUCAUCCUCUCCUUGGUUUUUAACUGGACGACUACGACGUAGGUAUGUACCAGCUGCUCUUCUCUCUUGUCAAAAAGAAAGAGAGAGAAAGAAAGAGAAAAAGGAGCGAUAGAUAGAGAUUCGUUUCUUUCAACGAAUUUAUUGUUUAGCAUAUGAAUGGCGCAAACGCGAGCGCGCGUUCACGGUUGCACACAUGGUGAACCCUUUGACAUAUUACAAAGAAUUCAAUAAAGUUUAUAAGGAAGCCCGAAGGGAACCAGUCUCCGAGCCUCUGGCCAGAGAAAAAUGAGAGAGGAGAGAGAAAGCUCGCGCGGGUCCUUCUUCUCUCGCCGUGAGAACGUGUGUAUACCUUAAGCUACGCAGCUCUACGCACAUCAAUGGGGAG